AUGCUUGCAUCUGUGCCACAGAUGGACCCUGUUCGUUCAUUGUCUCGGAACCCUGAUGUUGUUACGCGACACCCAUCAGCAGAGGAUCUCGAUGCUGCCCAACAACUGAUUUCGUCGGCUCAGGCUGGCCGAGAACAUACCGUCGAUCGCCAUCGGGAUGAAAAUGGGAUCGCACAUAGAGGGUUCGAAGGACAAGCGGGAUCUGAUCGAUAUGGAAUGGACACAUCAGCAAAUGGAUCUAUGACCCAUUGGUCGGAAUCGCAAAAGAAUGCUCUUCCCGAAAUUGAGAAGACGUCGCCAAAGAGCCAGAAGGACACAUCAUUCUUGGGACAUUCUUGCAGUAAUUGUGGGACGAAGAGCACUCCUCUGUGGCGACGAUCACCGACAGGUGCAAUGAUUUGCAAUGCUUGUGGUUUAUACUUGAAAGCUCGGAAUGUGGCUCGUCCGACCAAACGCAACCGACUAGAACCGGGACCGGAAGCUGCUGCGCAACAGGGGCCACAACCUACUAACGUGGCUGGUUCGGGGCCACAUGGACACUGCUCGUCUGGCUCGGGUGGUUCCUGUCCCGGAGGGGGUAACUGCAAUGGAACUGGCGGAGCUGAGGGAUGCGAUGGCUGUCCAGCCUACAACAACCGAGUCUACAAGUCCGCUGCUCGAGCUCCAGUUCCGGUGCACUCUUGGAGGGCGGCCAGUGCGGAGACGGACAGACUCCCGGGACCGGAGAACGAUGCCGUAAAGAACGGUACACCAGCGGAAGGAGGGAACAUGCUGGUCGCUUGUCAAAAUUGUGGGACCACGGUCACUCCGCUUUGGCGACGGGACGAAAAUGGUCAUCCAAUUUGCAAUGCUUGUGGACUUUACUACAAAUUGCACGGUUGUUAUCGACCCACCACGAUGAAGAAAACCAUUAUCAAACGUCGAAAACGCGUUGUGCCGGCCCUGAGGGAUCAAUCUCCCACUGGAGCGGCAUAUUCGUCCCACGGCUCCUCUGCCUCGCCGGAGGCGUCGCCUGCUGUGUUGGCGCAUGCUCACGAAGAUCACUACCGGUACCUGAGUUCGGAGCCCAUGCCUGGAGACAGACUCUCAUCGCAGGCCAACCCUCAGCGGUCUUUUGGCAUCGCACCACCUCCUGUGGACUUUACGCACUUCGGUGCUGCCGGGAGCUUAUCCUUACCACAUCACCCGCCGCCUCCGAGAUUGCUGGAACCCGACCGCAUGAGCGCAACCAGACAUUCUCCCGUCCCGCAAUUCGGUCGCCGUUCCCUCUCACCCAACCCUGCCGGCAAUCCCAAGAAACGGACGCUUGCCGAGACUGCAUCAUCUGCUGAAGCUGUCUCGGUCCCUACCACCUUGGAAUCCGGCUCUAAUCAGCUGCCACCAAUAAUAUCAGCGGCGAACCCCUCUCCACCCGCGCGUCUUAGUUCGAUCUCAUCUCUUCUCAAUCAUUCAGGCAGGCAGGACGAAUCUCGCCUCGAUCCCUCGCUUGCUGCUCUUGGCCGCCAGCAGCACCAUCCCGCCGCGACCCUGGCACCUCAUCACCACUCCCCACCGCAGGCCCUACCCGGUGUCUCUGACCUAGAUAAUCUCAAAGAAGAGCGCCGUGCGAAGCUCCAGCGGGAAGCGGAAGAAAUGCGGGAGAUGCUCCGCGCAAAGGAACGAGAAUUGGCAGAGUUGGGAGUCUGA